GAAAAUAAAUUCCACAAAAUAACAAGAGCAAACUCUGCUUUUUAUGUCAUAUCAAAUGUCAAAAAUUAUCAAAUAAAAAAAUAACUUAUCUGAAAAAACAAGCUGAAAAAUUAUUUAUAAAAAUCUAUUUUUUUUUAUAUAAAUCAGACAAGGCAGAGUAUGAGAAGAAUUUAAAAGCUUAUCAUAGCUCGCCGGUAUAUUUGGCAUUUUUGGCAGCCCAGAGCAAGACCAAGGCAGAUGGAGAUGUCUAUGAGACUCCUUCGAGAAUGUAUGUAGUUGUGGUAAAGGUCAGCAGGAAAGACGCAUUGAUAUACAACCUGCAGAUGAUGAGGAAGAUCAUGAUGUUGGUUAAUCUUUAAAAAAUUUUCCGUAUGCUAGAUAUUUGCGCAAUCAUCGUUUAAUCAACGAAAUAGUCUGCGAUGCAAGUACUCAAGAGGCAAGUCAGUUCUUUAGCCAUGCAUCAAACGAAACUCGAAGCAGAAUUGCAACAAAAGGACGAAAAAUUCGAAACCAAAAAGCAACGUUUGAUGGAGUCUAGCGUAGACUUUCAGGAGAAACUGAAGCGUCAUUAUAAACCGGCCGUCGAUGAUGAAACCUUCCAAAAGAUGGUACAAAAGAUGUAUGAAGAAAUGAAACGAGAGCGACAACGUCUAAUUGAUGACCCUACUGCAGCAGCCAAUAAGUCAACUGUAGGUGGUGCUCUGGCGGGAGCAGCUGCCCCGGGUUCUUUAACGGCAGAGGCAAAAAAGGAAGCUGCAAGUGGCGUAGCACCACCACCAACAGCACCUUCUGCUACUCAAACAAAACCGCCUCAUGAAUCGGGUAGUAAAACGGAUCCAGAACCUAUGGACAUAGAGCCGCCAGCUAAACCUACAGCUCCUAUACCGCCACCUAAAGUGGAACACAAAGCAAUGGAAGUGGUUAAGGGGCACAAGGCUGAAAAUGUCAAAGAGCAUACAAAACCUAAAGGAACAAAGAAUCCACCUGUUAUAAUUACACAACAACAGCAACUGCAACCCCCACAACAACCACCACCAACUACACCUGCUGUGGAACAGCCAGGGCCAGCCACACAAGGUCCUGCACAUUCAGUGGGUGGAGCACCACCACCACCACCAUCAACUAUAACUGCAGCUCCUCCCACCGGAGGCCCUAAUGUACCACCACCAGCCGCUCAACAUGUACCACCUUCAUCAGCAGCUGGUCCGCCUCCAACGCAACAGCAAAUUCCUCCUUCUAACAUGCCUCCCAUGCAUGCUCAUCAUCCUCCACAACAGCAUGGCGGACCACCGCCACCAACUCAUUUGCCCCCUCACAUGCAACCUCAUCAAGCUAUGGGCGGAAUGCCACCGCAUGGGGCUUAUCCGCAAUAUGGUCCACCACCUACUGGUCCUACUCGUUCGCCCUACUAUCAGCCACAGUAUGGAGCACAUCCACCACCGCCUCAGCAAGCAUACGGUCAAUAUCCACCAUACUCUCACUAUCAACAACCCUAUGGCCCACCACCUCCCGGCUCACAUUACAUGAACUCUCGACCACCACCACAACAUAAUGGCGCAGCACCGCCACUACAGCCUCCAAUACACUAUGGUGAACAUUCUGGACCACAACUACCACCAGGACAGCAAGGCGGUCCAGGUUUACCUCCACCUGGUCACAUGCCACCUCACGAUGUCUAUGGCCAACAACAGCCGCCACCCGGUGCACCUCCUGCUGGCCAUCCAUUACCGCCGCCACAACAACCAUUGCCAGCUGUAACCGGCAGUGGACCACCACCUCCAGGUCCAUCUGGCGCCCCACAACCAACGGCUCCUAACCAGCCCCAAACUACUCAGCCACCAGCUGGUGAUAAUUCUUCUAAACCCGAUGCUGAUGAUAAAGCUGAUUAAAAUGAUUUAUGAGACCACAAAAUUAAUGAAUCUAUGGCAAAAUAUUCAAUUUUAAUAUUUAGUUUAAGUCUUAUUUUUUAUAUAUUUCAUCUAUAAUAACCUCCCCCCCCCUCUACCACAUGUAAGUUCGUUCUUUCUUUUCAUCUCUCUGUAUUUGAGUGUGAGUAAAUAAAAACAAAAAAGGAAAAAAAUCAAAUAAAGUAGUGUUUUCCAAAAGAAA